AGAAUACUCACUGAUGCCCUGCGGGGUGGUUCGAAGACCGCGGAAAUUCCCAGGUCUACUUAAUCGCGCUCAGCACUGCCUCUACUCCACUCCCGCGCCGAAAGGCGAUGAGUUGGGACCGAUACAGCAAGAUGGGCACCAAAGCUUCAGGGUCCGCAGAGAUGGGAAGCGUCUCCCACUGCCUCCACUCCUCGACCCCGUAGUCCUCUCAGAGAGAUCACGAUGGGAGCAGCCCAAGGCGAGGCCCAGUGCCAAUAAAUUCACCGCGUUCCAGAGAAAGCUCAGGGAGAGUCCUUACGCUCAUGCCCUUGCCUCACCCGUUCGCCAAUGCCGGGCCACGCAUGUUUUCCUCCCAUCGGCCUUGCUUAUUUCACUCCAUCCAAGGCCACAUCCGGAGACAUCAGAGCCAUGGCUUCUUCCUGUGAACCUGACAACCAGUAUAAAGCACCUCGGGCCACCCUAUAGAUUUCUCAAUCGGCACCUUGUUGCUACGCAAUUAAGCCAGAAGCAGAACUGGAAAGCCGGCAUGUAUCCCAGACUGCAAGAUAAACUUGGGAGCAAAGCAUCCAAUAUGGUAUGGCGGGAGGACAUGCCCGAGUUGAUUCUUACACUAUUGCGGAAGAAUCUUGUUUACAAGCUUCGGUGGCACCUCCAGAAGUCUGGGGGCCGGAUGGUGGUUUGCGACGAUGCUGGCUCGUCUGCCCUCCAGGCCAUUGAGGAUGUAUCAUGCGUCUUGUGUUUUGGGUCUCUGAAAACCAGCGCCGACGAGAUCCAAAUUCAGGCGAAUGGGAUACUGGAGGAUGUCGAAUAUCUGGCCGGUUACUAUGCUGAGGGCCACAAAAAAGCCUUAGACCCGCACCAAUCGAGGUCCAUAUCUCAUCAUCCACCCCCUUGGUGGAGAGGGCCAGUAGUGCCGCGUCUCCAGCCGAGAUAUCAGUUCCCUCCUUUAGAGUUCAAGACUACCGGAUGGCGAGGUACGCGUGUUGCAGUCUAUGGUCUGUUUGACUUGUUGGGCGAGGACAAGGGACGAGAGUUGGUCGAGGGCACACGAUUUGAAGGCGCACAAUGUGUAGUCAUGAAGAGGGGUCAUCAGAAUGUGCCGUUGCAGUUGCAGCUCAUGCAACUGCAAGCAUAUUUAGCGACUCCUGGGCCUUAGUCUUCUCUUGCUGCCAUUCGAAUAUUUCACAAUUGCUUGUGUUGUCUCCUUCUCCCUUUCACCCUAGGCUCCACGACAAGAGCAGGUUGUGCCGAACACCUCUCCCCGACGUAGGUGGUAUCAUUUCUCCCCAACGAUACUUCACAUCGAC